ACACACAAUCCAAGAAAACCACAAAACUUGAGAGUUCCUCAUUGAGUUAGAACCGGUAUGGCUUCCGAAAAUUCCCACCAAGUUCAUCCUCCUCUUCACUUUAUUCUUUUCCCUUUCAUGGCUCAGGGCCACAUGAUUCCCAUGGUUGAUAUUGCAAGGCUCUUGGCUCAGCGCGGUGCAACAGUAACUAUUGUCACGACGCGUUAUAACGCAGGGAGGUUCGAGAAUGUCUUAAGCCGUGCCAUGGAGUCUGGUUUACCCAUCAACAUCGUGCAUGUGAAGUUUCCAUAUCAAGAAUUUGGUUUGCCAGAAGGAAAAGAGAAUAUAGAUUCGUUUGACUCGAUGGAGUUGAUGGUACCUUUCUUUAAAGCGGUUAACGUGCUCGAAGAUCCGGUCAUGAAGCUCAUGGAAGAGAUGAAACCUAGACCUAGCUGUCUAAUUUCUGAUUUGUUGUUGCCUUAUACAAGCAAAAUCGCCAAGACGUUCAAUAUACCAAAGAUUGUUUUCCACGGCAUGGGUUGCUUUUGUCUUUUGUGUAUGCAUGUUUUACGCCGAAACCUUGAGAUCUUGAAGAACUUAAAGUCGGAUAAAGAGUAUUUCCUGGUUCCUAAUUUUCCUGAUAGAGUUGAAUUUACAAAGCCUCAAGUUCCAGUGGAAACAAAUGCAAGUGGAGAUUGGAAAGAGUUCUUGGACGAAAUGGUAGAAGCAGAAAACACAUCCUAUGGUGUGAUCAUCAACACAUUUCAGGAUUUGGAGUCUGCGUAUGUCAAAGACUACACGGAGGCUAGGGCUGGAAAAGUUUGGUCAAUUGGACCUGUUUCCUUGUGCAACAAGGCAGGAGUAGACAAAGCAGAGAGAGGAAACAAAGCGGCCAUUGAUCAAGAUGAGUGUCUUCAAUGGCUUGAUUCUAAAGAAGAAGGUUCGGUGAUCUAUGUUUGCCUAGGAAGUAUCUGCAAUCUUCCUUUGGCUCAGCUCAAGGAGCUGGGGCUAGGCCUUGAGGAAUCCCGAAGACCUUUUAUUUGGGUCAUAAGAGGUUGGGAAAAGUAUAAUGAACUAUCUGAGUGGAUGUUGGAGAGCGGUUUUGAAGAAAGAAUCAAAGAGAGAGGACUUCUCAUUAGAGGGUGGGCACCACAAGUCCUUAUCCUUUCACAUCCUUCCGUUGGAGGAUUCUUGACACACUGUGGAUGGAAUUCGACUCUCGAAGGAAUCACCUCGGGCAUUCCACUGCUCACUUGGCCUCUGUUUGGAGACCAAUUCUGCAACCAAAAACUGGUCGUGCAAGUACUAAAAGCUGGUGUAAGUGCUGGGGUUGAAGAAGUCAUGAAAUGGGGAGAAGAGGAGAAAAUAGGAGUAUUAGUGGAUAAAGAAGGAGUGAAGAAGGCAGUGGAAGAAUUAAUGGGUGAGAGUGAUGAUGCAAAAGAGAGAAGAAGAAGAGCCAAAGAGCUUGGAGCAUUAGCUCACAAGGCUGUGGAAGAAGGAGGCUCUUCUCAUUCUAACAUCACGUUCUUGCUACAAGACAUAGUGCAACAAGUGCAAUCCAAGAAUUGAUUGUAUAUCUCGUUAAUGUUCUUAGUUCAAUCAUUGUUCGUUCAUGUAAUAUCUUUUAAAGUGGGUCAAUAAAUUACACAUUUCAUC